AGGGCUACGUCUUCAUCUCCUCUUCUCCAAGGCCACAUCCGAACAACUCGUGCGCGGUGAAUCCGCAGUCGGUUGACGGCGCACAUUGUAUUCAGAUCAACAAGUCCGAUGCCAAGUUGAGCAAGACAUUGGUUUUUUUCCAGAUGGUCGACCACAUUGCGAAGCUGCGCAGCAACCUCGUGGAGAGCAAUCGGGAGCAGUCUGCUGAAGCCGUGGGCCCCCUCGCUGCAGGUGGAGCUGACGCGUUUGAUGGAGGGCCUAGACCGAAAAGGUCCCAGCGCGACAGCGCGUGCGCUAUAGAUCUCCUGGUGACCAUCGGCGCGAAGACCGACGACGUCCAGACCCAUCGAGUUCACGUUGCACCUACUGCCAGCGACAGGGCAACCCUCGCCAUGGAGUUGCAUACGAAGAUCCCGAAGAACGAGGACAUUCAGGACCAGUUCUGUCCGGGGAUCGACCACGCCACCCCCGAUGUACAAUGGCUGGCGAAGCGGAGCGCACGCGUGACACACUACUAUAAUGACAUGAAGUGGGUGUCCAGGGAGACGAAAGUAGCGAUCACUCCGACCGAUCACGGUAGCAUGCAGGAGGCGUCCAACAGGGUUGCUGAGUCGCUCCAGGACUUCUACAACAGGAACCACAGGGACCCGUCGUAGGUAUUCGGCUUCGAGUUUUCUUGGAGGACGCGGUUGCACCUCGAUCCGAAGUCACGUUGGGAAGUGGCUCGACAUGUGAUGAGGGUGUGCCUGAGGAUUGUUCUAGACGCCGUGGGGC